AUGUCUCGAGAUAUUGCCGACAUCAACAGAGAAUCUCUGGAAGCAUAUAAAGAAUAUGAAGCAUGCUUAACUACUACCAUAUAUGGCGAUACAUAUUUGGACCCUGAAAAAUGUAAAGCCAGGGGGUUUGAUCCAAUCAAAGCAUUUGAGGAAGAAGAAGAAAGGAUCGAUUUGUCUUCGGAAUGGAUUGAAAGAACAACAAAAGAAAAAGGAUUUCGCGCUCAAUUCCAGGAAUGGCUUGACAAAGCUCCGCAAGAAUUUGUAAAUAAAGAUGCGAAAUCUCUAGUUUACUUUGACGACGUGGAUGACCCUCCAAAGAAAAGAAAUAAGAGUAAAAAGCUAUCCAAAAAGAAAAUUCGUUCUUUACUGAGCAAAGCUUCACACUUUGUGGACUGUGAAGUCAAACUUGAUGAUGGAGUCUGUGUUAAGGUUGUUAAGGUCAUUAGUGCGAAGAUGGACAAAGACGGUGUUUUUUUAAAGGUGGAAGAAAAAGUGGGAGAUGAAUUAGAAUAUUACGAAAUUAUGUAUCAGCAAGAUAUGAUUAGAUUGGC